CCGAGCAGAUAUUUUUCGGCAACACUAUAAAUUUCAGCCUCCUCAUCUCGUCUCUCUCCACAAGGAUAGACCAAAUCUCAGAAUUUCUCCCCCUUUUCGGCUGCAAUCGCUAGGAAAUAUCCUUGGAUUUUGAUUUCUACGUUCAUCUCUUCAUUUCUGUUGCCGUUCGUGGUUGGUUCUUGCAGAGAGCUCCAAUCGCCGUCCCCAGCCUCAAAUUUUUCUUGAUCUGUUUGAUCCUUGUUCGUCCCAAGUGCUCACCCGUAAUCUCCAGCUGUUGGAUCCUUUCUCUCGAUCCCACCUCCAAUUUAGUUAUUGUUUUUUCUCUCCGAGGAAGGAACAGGGAGAACUGAAUCUCCACCCGUUUCAUCGGUCACCCUGCUUCUUGAUCCGAUGGGGGACGUGUCGCUCAACCAGACGAUUGAACGGCCGCCCUGCAGUAUCGCCAAGGGCGAUCAAGUUCGAGACCUGGUAUCAGUUGGAUGGACAAAUGAGAGUCACAGCAUGUACAUAAGCUCCAUGGAGGCAUCCUUCAUGCAGCAACUCCAUGGCCAUGAGCACCAUGCUCCUGAUAGGAAUAGGAGCCAUGUGGGUGCCGAUGGGGUCAAGCUGAUACAAGAGGGCGCUAUGGAUAGCCUUAUAUCUCAGAAGAACUAUUCUCGCUCACGUGAUAUAGGCGUAAGAUUCCUGCCUGAGAAUCCAUGGACGAGGCGUUUCAAGCCGCGCAGCUCUGGUGCAAAUCGUCGUGGUGAUGGGGUGGGGGCUUCGGUGGAUGAUGGUGAGUCAGGCACUGAUACCGUCCAAGAGAGGAUUCCGACUCAUGUAAGAGACUUGAAGAGUUGUGUUGGAGAAAAUCUUGUUGACAAAAGCUCAGAAGUCUCUGGUCAGAAUUUUCUUGAUGAGGAGGUUCAGUCCACUGCGGAGCCAAGCAAAUCAUACAAGAAAAGGAGGCCUACGCCUUCCACUGCUGCAGGUUUUUCCAUCUUGAAGCUUGCAGGCAGUGACAAACGGUGGUGAAAGCCAAUGUGUUACGGAGCCCUGAGGAACCCACAGAAGACUUUUAACUGGUGAAAGCCAUUUGUGGAAAUUCUUGCUGAACCAGUUUUGAUAGAUAAUCGGUGCAGCUGCUAAUCUUUUGACUCGGCAGAUUGAAUCUAUGAACUGGCAGCUCUCGGUCUGUCUGCUCUUUGCGGCGUGAAGGGGAACAAUUAAUUUGUAGUUUAUGUAGUAUCUUCCCUGUAGAGCAUCAGUAUCAAGUUUGUGGGCACAUGAUCCGCAAGAGAUGAGCUGUGAUCCCAAUAUAGAACCUAGCAAAUGCAACAGUCGGCUUAAAAGACUGGGAAGAGUUACAUGAUUGUUGAUGCAUCAUGGACGCAAUUGAAAUUAUUUUGUGCCA